AUGUACACGACGCUGUUCCCGCUGCUCGUGGCAGUCUUCGUCGGAUUAAUUUCUUCACAGCCACAAGCUCUUAUGGCAGAUCUUGUAUUCUACGAGUAUUUCGAAAGACCACGUCGUUAUCUCAAUCUCUUCACUAAACUGCACAGAAUUCGCGAAGGUUCAAAACGAUUCGAUCCAUUCCAUGAAUUCAUCGAUUACGCGUGA